ACCCUUCUAACUUACCCCCUCCUGCCAUUCCCUUCCCCCCCCACACACGCACUGAUUAAAUUUAACAAACAGCCUCUCCCCCCCCACAAGGGUCCGGGACCCAGGAAGUCUCGAGAUCAGGGUUGACAUUAAAAUCUGAAAAAGACGAGAAAAAGAAAAAAGUAAGAAAGGGAAGAAGCCAUCAAUGCAUGAUGUCGUCGCUGUUUUUCAUGUCGGGCGGACGAGCUCUUUCGUGUUGGGGCUCGUACUGGAGGACCGUAGAGGGUUCGUUCCACCGUACUCGUACUGUGCUAGUACUGUACCUAAAAGGCUGCAAGCCGUGGCAGCGCCCUCAAUGUUAAAGAAGCUAUUGACCCUCCCUGGCAACGAUCAACACGCAACCUAACUAAACAACCCGGACCAGAUAAACUCCACACCCAAACCCAAGUUCAAAUUCGAAAGGAAAAAACCCUCCUUUUCUCCUUCGACUUUCCUCUCCCCCUUCAUAUUCACGGACAGACCAGAUCAUCCCCACCCCGCCAUUCAUGGCGAGGAAGAAUAGUCGGAAGAGCCCCUCGGUGGCUUCGGGAUCGAGGGGUCCUGGCACCGGUGCAGUUUCCCAGGCGCUGCGGCUGAGGCGUUGGAUAGAUAUUCAACUUAAGGAUGUGCUCGAGGAGAGGGCAAGGGGAAACUGGACGGAGGAAGAUGAACGUGAAUGGCGGAGGACGAAGCCUUAUGAGUGCGAAACGUGCAAUGAGAGGUCGUCCACGAGAGUGAGUCAAAACUCCAAUUCCCGGGAAACUGUCUAGCUUACCCGAACCCGAGGGAAAAAAACAACAACUCCCUCUUUCCCGUGAUCUCUUUCAUGGACCCGAUAGCUGAUUAAACCCUGAUCCGCAGUAUAACAACAAUAGACAUAAGCUUAAUAGUGAGCUACCUUUUCUUGCCCGCCGCGCGGAGGGUGAAUGAAGGGCCACUGAUGAUGGUGAUGAUGCAGAGCACUCCACGAAGAAAGUCCUGAACUGUACGUUUCCGGGAUGUAAAUUGGUAUUCACGAGACCGUAUGACUUCUCUAAUUCUUAUGGUUUCGCACUCCGGCGAUUUGGACCCUUUGCUGCCCGUGCGCUCCCGGAUACUCCCGUGCUACUCGUUUGUUUACUGGGAUCCGGACAUGGGGCUACCCACCGGAAAGGAGAUUGGAGCUCUCCAUUGUGAGGCUGGAUCUCUGCAGCAAAAUGAACAGUUGCACCGGAAAUGUCCUGUUGCGUGGGGGCUUGCUAUGGGUGCUAUCUCGCUUGGGGUUAUCGUGGUCGUGCUAGAUGCUUACGGUGAUCAGUGAUAACCUCGCAAAACAUCAGAAGAAGCAUCAUUCUGCGGGUCAGAAUGACCCGGAAGACGAGCCCCGCGAUGGUGUGGAGGAGUUGACGUCCCAAUUCUGGAGGCGCUUCCCUAUUGCCGAUGACGUGCCCCUCCUUCUCUCUCCCCCGUUCUGCUCGUACCGCUAAUAUGUUUUAGUUGCCUAAAAAACCAGUAGAUGGGCUUAGGAUUUACUAUACUCCCGGGAAACUCCCCUUGUAGUACCGCACAACACCCUGAGCUUCGCUAGUGCCAUGCUAAUUUUUGCAGCUUACCUCCAGAGGUAAUUUCCCAUUAUGCGGAUUACUACUUUGCCCCCACGGCUUUUCAUCCCUUUCUCCCACUGCUGCAUAAGCCCACUUUCCAACCCACGACCGUUCUGGCGAGUUUUCUCAGAAGCGUGUGUGCGCUUGGCGGACGCUAUGAUCCGACAAACCAGACGCUUAGGGAGCAGUUAUGGGAGGCAGGGCUUCGGUAUGCACUCCGAGUUGACAUAUUUCCGUAACAUGCUGAUUGGUGUGAAGAGUUAUGGAAAGGUGGAUUGAGAGGGGCCCCGACGAUGGAGGUGAUCAAGAACCUCCCCCUAGCAUGAGCCCUCCCCAGUUGGUGAAAACCGAGAGUUCCCAAGCAAUGGCACAUCCCUAUCCUCCUUCGUCCAGCGCUGGAGAUGGAGAUAGACAAUCCGUGAAGUAUGCCGAUAGAAGUCAGCGGGAGGGUACGCUCUGCGUAUUACAAGGUCUGCUACUGUUUGCCUUUUAUGGGCUGUUCUCGGAGGAGAAAGAGAAGCAUAAGAAGGGUAGGGUUCUACUUGCUAGGGCUAUCGAGGUAUGCGAUCAUUGUGUAUCACUCGAUAAAUUACGAAGCUGACUGGAUUGGCAGAUUGCGAGGGACUACGAGUACUUUAAUCCUGUCCCUGGGCACAUCCCCCAGGAGCUAUCGCCUGAUCAGCAAUGGAAGAUAUUUGUUGAGAGAGAGUCCAGGAAGAGGUAUGGCAUUUUCACCGGGGGUCUUCCGAAUGUUGGUAUUGACAUUUUUAGGGUGGCAUUCACAAUUUAUCUUGUGGAUUGUUAUGUAUCUUUUGCGUUUGAAACCCCUCGGCUACUCCGGCAUACCGAGCUUAGGAAUCUCCCCUUGCCUUGUGACGCUCAAUUGUUUGAAGCCCCAACUGCUCAGGCGUGGAAUCAGAAAUAUUACACGAUGCGCAUCCAUGGUUCUAGGAUGGUCCCUCCUCCCCUAUUCCUCAAGACCCUUCGUAUUCUGCUCAAUGGCAAUGGCCAUCACGAACUCUUGGACGCUGGCGGUCUCGGAAGCAAUUUUUCCGCAUUGAUUCUAGCGACCGCGAUCCAAAUGGAAAUUCUGGACUUGACUCGCAAGGUUGCCGAUGACAUAGACGCCCAGUACGAGACUGGGAUAUUACCCCUGGAAGAAGGUGCCGCAUGGGAGGGUGUCGACGUCUUUGCUCCGGAAAGCCAGGAGGGUCUCGAGAAGUUACGAAUGGGUCUGACCACCCUGGGUUUAAUAUCUGGCAUCGGCAAUCUCUUCACCCCAUACGCCGAGCACCUCACGGUCUUCCCUCCAGUGACUACCUAUGCCUCUUCCAGCCCCACUCUUUUGGCCUCUGCGCUUCAGGGUUGUGAGAAAGAAUUCUACAUCCUCAUGCAUCUUGCUCUUGUCCAGCUGGUGAUCCCAGACCGCAUGGUCCUUCACAAAAAGGACGUCCCAAUGGACCUCUACACAGCCCUCGCGUCCACAGUUCAGGGCGCAAAGGCCCGCGUGGCAGCGAACAACCCCGCAACCCUCCAGCACUUUAUGCACGUCCUUGACCAAUCCAAUAUCCUUUCACACCUUCUCUCCCUCCUCCGAGUUCUCCUUGCUCCACAAUCAGCUUACGAUGAGAACGCCCGCAACACCGAGUUCCCCAUCGUCACAGUCCUAAUAUUUAAAGCGUUGAUGGUAGUCUGGGAGAUCAUUGUCCGCGUGGAAAAUUCACCCUCUCCCCAAGAGGAAAUGUACCUCUGGCACGCGUAUGCUCUUGAAGGUAGUCCGAAUCAGGUCUUUGCGCAAGACAUGGUUGUCAAGCCUAUUGAGGCUUUCAGGUAUGAGUUGCUAGGGUUGCUAGUCCAGUGGGAGGUUAGGAAUGAGGAAACAGAGGGCUUGGAGAGCCUUGAGUGGAGAUACUUGAGGUGGAUGAAGGCGGUUUUCACCGAGAUGGAGCAGUGGGGUGUUGGUGGGGGUGUGGUACAGGCGCUGGAUUAUGGAAUAUUUGGUGAUGAGUGA